AUGUCAACUACCAUACCAUGGGAAAACGAAGAGGAACGAAACUAUAUUUGUAUACGAAAAAUUGUAAGUGAUCUUGUGAGUAAAGAAUUGAGGAAAUUAUUUAAACAAGAGUGGAACAACCGUUACCAGGCCACCCUUGCCGGAUGGGAUGACACCAGUGUAAGUGGCAACCAGUUGUUUCAUUUGGAAACAAAACGACCAUCAGGACCAAAGAAGAAUGUUUACCUGCCAAAAUUUAAACAUGGGGACACAAAUCAGUGGGAUUGUACUGUGCUUUUUGCUGCAAUUCUUUACUCCAACUCAAUUGGUCGCUCAAGCCUUAAUCCAACCAUACAAAGCGAAGUGAACAAUCUAAGAGAAAUACGAAAUGAGAUUAUGCAUAUUACUGAAGGAAAACUCUCCAAUAGCGACUUUCAAACGAUGACUACUCGUGUUGAAAAUGCAUUCAAGACCCUACGACUUUCCGUCAAUGAAAUCAAUAGGAUUAAAACUGAGAACAACCUUUACACAUGGUUUCAAGUUUUACCUGUGAAGCCAUCCCAUGAGGUUGUUGACCGAUCUGAAGAAAUAAAACAAAUAAGACAAGAUCUUGAAAAGUUGUCCAGCGAUAAUGAUGGGAAACUUACAUAUUUCUAUAUUUCUGGUAAUCCCGGCAGCGGAAAAUCUCAACUUGCCAGACAAAUUUGUGAGGAUAUUUACAAAGGCAUAAAUUCGCAAACGGAAAUAAGAUUUUUCAUGACAUUAGACGGAAGAAACUUGUAUACCCUUCUCCACUCAUAUAAAGAUUUUUGUCAUCGUCUUAACUGCGAUGAAAGUGUAUUGGAACAUAUUAUGAAUUCAUCGCAACCAGAUGAGGAAAAAAUCAAAGAUUUAAGAUCGCAAAUAACCACUAGAAUUAAGAAUUGGAAGAGGUGGUGGAUUAUUGUUGACAAUGUGGAAAAUCUCGAAAACAUUGCCCAUUUACUGCCACAGAGAGGUGACAAAGUUUGGAAUAACGGCCAAAUUAUAUUAACAACGCAAAACGGAACUUCUAUCCCACCUGAUAGUGUGGAAACUAAACAUAUUUCUAUCAGUCUUGGCAUGAAUGAGAAAGAAUGUCGCCAGCUUCUUGCCUCGAUAUCAAAAACUGAUGCUACUGAUCCGUUGUUAGAUGAAGUUGCAGAAAAAUUAGAUCGGCAACCUCUGGCAAUCGCCGCGGCGGCCGUGUACAUGAGAAAAGUCAUCGGCUCAAAUUGUUCUCCUGAUUUUUCAUGGAAAGAUUAUUUACGAAAGUUAGAAGAAGGGAAAAGAACACGCACAGAAGAAUCUCUUCUCCAGACAAAUUCAGCGUAUUCGUCUACCAUGUCAACAGCUGUGCGUUUAGCUGUUGAAAAAUGUGUAGAACGUGAUUGCAUUUUGAAACACACUUUCAACUUUUUCUCCCUAAUCUCUUUCGAACAACUGCCACUCGACAUUAUUGUCCGGUACAUGCAGCAGCAAGAUGAAGAUCUAGAUGAAGAAGAUAUCUUUCUUGCAAUAACAAAUUGUUGUUUGUUCCUUCCUGCUGAAAAUAAAGAACGUGAUAUCCGGCUUCAUGGUGUUGUUCAUGAAGCAGUUAAAUCAGUUUUUCCCUCUAGCGUUGAAAGUCCAGUCUACCACGUUGUAAAAACUCUUUAUUACUUCAAAGAAAGAGAAGAUCAAAUCAAACUGAAUCCACAUUUGAAAGCAUUUUAUACAGGAAUUAAAAAAAUAUUUCCAGAACAUGACGCAUUAUAUUCAAUAAGUACAAAAUUUGAAAAAACUGAGAUUUCCGAAAUAUACCUGUUUUUUGGUAGAACUUUACGUUACUAUUGUGAUUUUGAACUCUCAAAGGAAUUUCAAAAUUCAAACAUUCAGAUUUGGAAUUGCUCAAAAGAUGAAAUUCUUGUAUCGGAUAUAUACACCGAGCUGGGUUUAUUAUACAACGAGUUAGGUGAACUGGUAAAAGCAAAGCAAUCUCAGAAUUUGGCGCUAGAAAUUAGAAUAGAAAAAUUGGGUCAACACGAUCUUAAGGUUGGGGAUUCAUACAGGAACCUUGGCCGAGUGUGUUAUGUUUCAGGUGAACUGGAAAAAGCAGAGGAUUAUUAUGAACAGGCGCUGGAAAUUCAAAACGAACAAUUGGGUCCGAACCAUGUUGAUAUUGCUGAGACUUACAACAACCUCGGUAAACUGUACCAAGAUACAUAUCACCCAGAAAAAGCCAAGGAUUAUCACGAGCGUGCACUAGAAAUUCAAAAAGUACAAUUAGGUCCAAACCAUGUUGAUGUAAGUAAGACCUACAACAACCUUGGGAGAGUUUACCAUCAAGAACACGACCUAGAAAAAGCUAUGGAUUAUUAUCAACUGUCACUGGAAAUUAAAAAGAAACAAUUAGGUUCACACCAUAUUGAGGUUGCAGAUUCUUAUUCCAACCUUGGUGAAGUGUAUGAAAAAAAAGGGACCUACCAAAAGCGCUGGAUUACUACGAACGUGCACUAGAAAUUGAAAAAGGAAUAUUAGGUCCAAACCAUUAUAAAGUUGCAAAUUCUUACGGCAACCUUGGUAACGUGGAUCGGCGUAAAGGUGAGAUAAAUAAGGCUAUGGAUUAUUAUCAACGAAUGUUGGAAAUUGAAAAACAACAAUUAGGUCCAAACCAUUUUCGCGUCGCCUGGACUUACAGUCUCCUUGGUGGAACGUGUCUUGAAAAUGGUGAAGUGGAAAAAGCAAAAGCUUAUUUUCAACAGGAACAUGAAAUUAUAACAGGGCAAUUCGGUCCAAACCAUCAAUAUGCUGCUAAUUCUUACUGCAGACUUAGUGACGUGUAUUAUCGGGAAGGUGACCUGGAAAAAGCAAAGGAUUACGAUGAACGAGCACUGGAAAUUCGAAAAGAACAAUUAGGUCCAAACCAUGUUGAUGUUGCUACCUCUUACAUCGGACUUGGUGACGUGCAUUAUAAGAAAGAUGACCUGGAAAAAGCUACGGAUUACUAUGAACGAGCACUGGAAAUUCGAAAAGAACAAUUAGGUGCAAACCAUGUUGAUGUUGCGGUCUCUUACAUCCGCCUUGGUAACGUGUAUUAUAAUAAAGAUGACCUGGAGAAAGCUAAGGAUUACUAUAAACGAUCACUGGAAAUUCAAAAAGAGCAAUUAGGUGCAAACCAUGUUGAUGUUGCAGACUCUUCCAUCGGCAUUGGUAACGUGUAUUAUAAUAAAGAUGACCUGGAGAAAGCGAAGGAUUACUAUGAACGAGCACUGGAAAUUCGAAAAGAACAAUUAGGUGCAAACCAUGUUGAUGUUGCGGACUCUUACAUCGGCAUUGGUAACGUGUAUUAUACUAAAGAUGACCUGGAGAAAGCUAAGGAUUACUAUGAACGAGCACUGGAAAUUCGAAAAGAACGAUUAGGUGCAAACCAUGUUUCUGUUGCUACCUGUUACAAACUCCUUGGUAACGUGUAUAGGAACAAAGAUGACCUUGAGAAAGCUAGGUAUUAUUAUGACCGGGCGCUGCAAAUUCCAAAAGGACAAUAAAGUGCAAACCAUGUUGAUGUUGCGGACUCUUACAUCGACCUUGGUAACGUGUAUUAUAACUAGAAAUUACAUGCAUGCAGAAACCCUCGCCUUGCUGACAAGACCAUUUUAUUUUCCGGACGUGAAGUAUUUAAAGUAGUUGUCAUGGUAACACAAUAAUUUCUUAAGAAUAAUUUUACAAAUGAAAAAUCCCCUAAAAAUAUCACUUUUAAUUACAAAAUUAUCAAUUUCCCAAACAUAUAUAUGUUAGGUAUGUUAUUAUACAUAAUAUAAGCUUCAAUUUAAGGUGGCUCCCUAGGGUUUUAUUUCCGGGGGUUACGUUCUUCGUAUAUAUGUAAACUAAAAGUGUGAACUUUGAAACAAAAGUGUGAACUUUGCUUUAGUCAAAAGCAUAAAAAGAGUUCUAAAAGCCAAAACGAUACUUGGAUGUGAUGUUUCAAAAGAAUAUAAUGUAAACUUGUUUUUUUUCAAGCGGUAUUCUGGAAGUUUCUUGAACCGCCGUACGCGAGGUUCGAUCGCGAACAUUGGGAUAUGAUAUAAAGUUUCCUCAAGAAUUUGCAGUGUUUUCUCCACAAUUUAGCAGCACUUAUGACAAUAAAGAUGACUUAAAUAAUGAGCCCUCUACGGGUGAAAUGAGCAGGGCCGAAACUCCAAACAUACCACUAUAAAAACUGAAAUUUGAACGGGCAUUUUGCGAAAACAUCCGACGAUAGUACUAUUAACUCGCACGGGACGAAUUUUGACAAACAUUUUUCAAAUUUAUAUAAUACCAAGAAGUCAUAACCAAUAAUUACCUAAAUUUCUUUGCCAAUUUUACAUGUAUAAUCCACGCUUAGUUGACCAUUAACCGACACAGUUAUAAACAGUAUAUCAAACAUAAUUUAUAUUUUGUGAUUUCAAAAAAGUCAUGCCUUGUUGUUUUAUGCAGAAUGCAUGUACACGUCAGUUGGGGUAUUAAAUUGUUCGCGUAAAAAUCCGUAAAAAUUGCCAAAAUUAAACCCAAAUUUCUCUGUUUUUCUUCGGUAAAAUUUUUUAAAACUUUGCACAUUUUUUAAUAUCGGCACAACAAGUGCAAUAUCCUUUUUUCUUAAAAUUAAAUCGAAGAGAAAAUUUUUAAUAUUGAUUUUUGACGUUUUUUUUAUUUUCUAAGAAACAUAUCGAUUUAAUUUUUUUAAAUUGAGAGGAAAAAAUCAUUACACAGGUAUUAUCUUUUAUGCAAAGUUUUAAAAAAUUUCACCGAAGGGAAUUUUUAAAAUGACCUGAAAAAGACAAAUUUUGAGCUUUAUUCUAAGCAUGCUGUUGCCAUGACAACAUAUUUUUAACACAAAACUAGCAAUUUGCAAUGUUCAGGAGAACAUUGUCAAUGUGUCCAAUAAAUUUCGUCUUCGUGUCAUGUAAAGUAAAGAAACAGGAGUCUCCUGAAUACUAUAGUGUAGUAAAUUAAAAAACCCUAGGGAGCCACCUUAAGGUAGAAUUCAACCACAAACGCUUCGCAAAACGUUUUAAUUUAAAGUGUUCUUUUAAUAUAGAACUAUAAAACUGCCUUUAUCCAUAAACUUUGAGUUCGAAAUAAAAUGAUUCCAAAUUCUCCCAUGCAAAUACCUUUGCUUAGUAUAAUAAUAAGUGUAAUCAAUAAAGAAACACUGAAAUAAUACGCUGUCUUGUUUCAUACUUAUACUCAACGAUCGGCUUUUAAAGUAGUUACAGUAUAUUAAAAGCAAACAAUGCAUCAAUAUUUAAAACAAACUUACCUUCGUUAACGUCGGCACCGUUACUCCCUUCCUUUAGCAAUUCUUUUGCCUUUAUUUCAUCAUAAAUCUUUUGAAAUUUACAAAAUCUUGCAAAAUGAAAUAUAUUUGCAAGAAAUCAUCAAAGAUCAAAUCAAUUUCGCUGUUGUUAUGCAGCCGUUAUAAUGCCAAUUUUAAAUUGGACCAAUCCGUGUUGGCUAUUCAUGACAGUCCGCUAUAUUAUGAGAUCAGUGAGGAUGACCACCCACCGAAACACGCACAGUGACCCACGCCCGCGAUAUUUGAUGAACUUUAGACUUCGCUAAUGGUUUCGUUUUCCCGGGUGUAAAUAGCCGGGGGGAAUUAGUACCCUCGCACGGCGCUUCGCGCCGUUGGCUCGGGGAUAAAGAUGACCUGGAGAAAGCAAAGGAUUACUAUGAACGAGCACUGGAAAUUCGAAAAGAACAAUUAGAUGCAAACCAUGUUCGUGUUGCUACCUGUUACAAACUCCUUGGUAACGUGUAUAAGAACAAAGAUGACCUUGAGAAAGCUAAGGAUUAUUAUGAACAGGCGCUGCAAAUUCGAAAAGAACAAUUAGGUGCAAACCAUUUGCCUCGUCCCCAGGCGCUAAUAAAAAAAAUUUCAUGCUAGUCACUAUAUGAAAGGUUUACAUGAAGUAGUGCGUCACAUUCUAGGCGCACAAAGGGGAGUGGGAUAUGAGCGUUCAUCGCGAUGCACUACUUCAUGUAAAUCUUUCAUAUAGUGACUCGCAUGAAAUUUUUAAUUAGCGCCUGGGGACGAGGCAGGCAAACCAUGUUUAUGUUGCGGACUCUUACUUCCAGUGCUCUCACUUUUAAGGAAUUAUCCUUAAAAAUAGGAAUUUUGAAGAGUUUUAAGGAUUUUUUUAAGGAAUUUAGGUUUUUGAGGAUCUUUUUAAGGGAUUUCUGAAACAUUUUAUCCUGGAUUAAAACAGUGUUUUGAAACCCUAGUUUUUUACAAAAUGUGUUCUCAGAACGCUGCAAAUUUGGCUUUCCGGGAUUCAAAUUUUAAAAUUUCCCCCCCCCCCAAUAUUUCGUAAAGUGUCGCCACUGGUAUUUUCAUUAAAAUUCUCAAAAGUUAAAUGUCAGUAUAUGCUGUUUCUUCUGAAAUCUACAGUCCUACAGAUUUUUUAAGCUCUUCAUGCAGCAACCGAUUAAAAAUACAUCAUAUUGAAUGUUUUCUUUAUGGCACAAGGUUAAAAACUGAUAAAAACAAGGUUAAAACUGAAAAACAGAAAAAAGGAGGAAAAACACUUUUUGCAACUGUGUGAUCAGGCCUUGUGGUAAUUUUACCAAUUUAAGGAAUUUUAAGGAAUCUGAGGAAUUUGCGAGCUUUUUCUAAGGAAUUCGAAAACUUGAUUGUGAGAGCACUGCUUACCUAUGCUGCUUACUUCGGCCUUGGUCACGUGUAUUAUAAGAAAGAUGACCUGCAGAAAGCAAGGGAUUACUAUGAACGAGCACUGGAAAUUCAAAAAGAACAAUUAGGUGCAAACCAUGUUGAUGUUGCGGACUCUUACUUCGGCCUUGGUGACGUGUAUUAUAAGAAUGAUGACCUGGAGAAAGCUAAGAAUUACUAUGAACGAGCACUGGAAAUUCGAAAAGAACAAUUAGGUGCAAACCAUGUUAAAUAACUGAAAGAAAGCGAGAACAUGCUGUCUUUAUCUGGACAUGUAAACACGCAGGUGGAAUCAGGCAGUGUUCGCACUGGAAUCGCAAACCAUUCUCGUCAUAGCUUUGUUUCG